GGCUCACACGCUACUUCCUGGGCGGACAGAGGAAUGGAAAGCUUCCAGCGCCUCUCCACCACCAUCACCACCAGCACUGACUGUCCUCUCUCUGUGUGCCCGACGAGCGCUGCCUCCACCGCCGCAGCCGCAGGAGCGACGGCGCGCAGUGUGCACCGCCGCUGCUAGUCCCCCCACAACCCGCCUCUCCCCGUGUGCGUCCACACGCUCACCCACACCAAUCUGCAUCCGAGUGUUAUGCUCGUCUCCGGGAAUAUCGGGGGGAUAUUUGGACGGGAAGACUCUUUGCUGGACCUCUAAACAGUUCUCCGCCCUCCACCGUGUCCAGUCUCCGUCUGCGCUGCGUCUCCGGCGCUGCUUUUUACGCAGCGAAGGCGUCGCUGAUUUGCCCGCAAACGGGAGAAACUCAACAGUUGUUGCUGCUUAUUGUUUUGCAUGUCGACGUGCAUGUUAUUACCAUGUGGAGGCUACUGCAAUCGUGUUGUUGCUGCUGGUGGAUUUUCUCUCUCAUCCUGUCAGCCUCCGUGCUCCUCUGGGCCGACUGUCAUCCUGCGCUGACAGGAAGCCAAGCCAAGUCUCAAGCCCCUAUCCAAGGCCUUCGCAGAGUCACGGCCGGUGGGACACGGCACCGGAGAGCAGCCACCGAGGAGACCUACUGGGCCUACUCAGGUAUACAUGGGCCUGAUGAGGGUUGGGCAUCAGCUUACCCAGAAUGCAGAGAGAGAAAUCAGUCACCAAUCAACAUCAUGGACCAGGAUACCAAAAUAUCCACAGAGUAUCAGGAGCUGACACUGGAGGGCUUUGAUAACGAAUCAUCUAACAAGACUUCUAUGAAAAACACUGGCAAAACAGUGGCCAUUAUGUUGAAGGAUGACUACUUUGUUCGGGGAGCAGGGCUACCAGGGAGGUUUAAAGCUGAAAAAGUAGAGUUUCAUUGGGGUCCAAGCAAUGGAUCUGAAGGCUCUGAACACAGCAUCAAUGGCCGUCGUUACCCUGUGGAGAUGCAGAUCUACAUGUACAACUCUGAUGACUUUGACAGCCUCAGUUCGUCACUCAGGGAGAAGAGGAUCAUAGCAGCCAUGGCUGUGUUUUUUCAGGUGGGAGGGAAGGACAACCCUGCUGUUGACCCCAUAAUCCAUGGCCUAAAGGGUGUUGUCCAUCAUGAAAAAGAGACUGUCCUGGAGCCAUUUGUACUGAAAGACCUGCUGCCGUCCUCACUGGGGAGUUACUAUCGCUACACUGGCUCUCUCACAACUCCACCCUGCAGUAAGGUGGUGGAGUGGAUCAUCUUCAGCAGACCUAUUUAUGUCUCCUACAAACAGUUGGAGGCUUUCUACUCGAUCUUCACCACAGAGCAGCAGGACCAUGUUAAGUCGGUGGAAUAUCUGCGCAGCAACUUUAGGCCCAUCCAGAGCUUGGACAACCGCCAUGUCUUCAAAUCAGCAGUCAGAGAUGCCUGGCUGCCUGACCUGACUGACAGCAGCAGCGGGCCAUAUGGCACAGAGGCUUCUAAAGUAUGCAGCAGCGCUCCCAUCAACAUGAAGGUGCAGCACGUGAACAGCAGCGCUCUGGUGGUGCGCUGGGCUCUUCCAGAGGUCACCUACCACCCACCCAUCCUCCACUUCCUGGUGUCCUACAGCUGGACAGCCCAUGAUGACAGCUACGAGGAGACGCACCUGACAGACGCCAAACACAAACUGGAGGCCAUCAUCUCUCCUGUCUCCCCUGAUGUGCUGUACCUGUUUCGAGUCCAGGCCGUCUGCAUGAAUGACAUGCGCAGUGACUUCAGCCAGAGUAUGCUUUUCAGAGCAAACACCACCAGGAUCUUUGAGGGGACGAGGAUUGUGAAAACUGGAAUGCCAACAGUGUCUCCAGCCUCCUCAGCUGACAUGGCUCCCAUCUCCUCUGGCUCAUCUACUUGGACCUCCUCGGGCAUCCCGUUCUCCUUCGUCUCCAUGGCAACUGGCAUCGGCCCCUCCUCCAGUGGUAGCCAAGCAACGGUGGCGUCUGUAGUGACGAGCACUUUGCUGGCCGGUCUAGGCUUCAGUGGCGGUGUCAUCUCCUCCUUCCCUAGCUCUGUUUGGCCAAGCAGAGUACCAACCCAUAAUCCCACUUCCACGCAAAAGACCACCGAACCCAGUGAGGCCAACAAAGACGCCCCCACCUCUGCCUCUGUUGUCACAACAACCACAGUCAAAGAUAACAGUCAAACUGGGGGUGAGGAUGGUGAAAACAGCAAGGGUCAAGAAGAAAACAGAGAGAGGGAAGGAGAGGAUAAGGAUGAAGAUGAAGAAGAAGAAGAAGAGAAGGAUGAGAAAAAGAGAAGGAAGGGAUCAGGAGGUGUGGGCGGGACAUGGAUGAAAACCGACAGUACAGCGGUGAAUGAGCCGCCUAGUGAGACACCGGACGCUACUGCAAAGGAGAAAAAACAGACUGAACCAGACCCAAGUAACAUGCCGCCUGAUAUAGUAAACCAACUGGAGUAUACCCAUAAUCCACUUGACUCUAAAACCACUACCACCACAGAGCCAACCAAUGAAACAGCAGCAAUCCCUGCCCCAAAGGACCCAGCAGCAACAUUCAGAAUAGGAGCAGACAAAAAGCUCUGGCCUUUUUCCAUUCAUACCGAACGUCCCAGUGCUGGGACCAACCUGACCCACCAGGUGACGCCUGGGUCUGGCGUGGGGCUGGGCCGAGUGGAGUGGCUGGUACCUUUGGUGGUGGUUUCAGCCCUGACUUUCCUGUGCCUCGCUGUCCUGCUGGCUGUGCUCAUCUACUGGAGGCGCUGUUUCCAGACAGCCCAUUUCUACGUGGAAGACAGCAGCUCACCUAGAGUCGUACCCAAUGAGACAAUCCCUGUCAUUCCCAUUCCAGAUGACAUGGAAGCCGUCCCAGUCAAGCAGUUUGUCAAACAUGUCUCUGAUCUCUACUCAAAUAACCAACGUGGAUUCUCUGAUGAUUUUGAGGAGGUUCAGCGGUGCACUGCUGAUAUGAAGAUCACAUCAGAGCACUCCAACCACCCUGACAACAAGCACAAGAACAGAUACAUCAACAUAGUGGCCUAUGACCACAGUAGGGUGAAGCUGAGGCCACUGGCUGGGAAGGACUCCAAACACACAGACUACAUCAAUGCCAACUAUGUGGAUGGUUAUAAUAAGCCUAAAGCCUACAUUGCCUCCCAGGGACCACUUAAGUCUACUUUUGAGGACUUUUGGAGGAUGGUGUGGGAGCAAAACACCGGCAUCAUUGUCAUGAUCACCAACUUAGUGGAAAAAGGCCGAAGAAAAUGUGACCAGUACUGGCCAACAGAGAACAGUGAAGAGUACGGCAACAUGGUCGUCACGCUGAAAAGCACCAAAGUUCAUGCCUGCUAUACUGUUCGCUGCUUCACGCUGCGCAACACUAAAGUGAAAAAGGGUGGGAAGGGGAACCCUAAGGCGAGGGCCCAGAGUGAGCGUACAGUGCUCCAGUACCAUUACACCCAGUGGCCUGACAUGGGCGUCCCUGAGUACACUCUGCCCGUCCUCACCUUUGUCCGCAGGUCCUCCACCGCCCAGAUGCCGGACAUGGGACCCGUGCUCGUCCACUGCAGUGCUGGAGUGGGUCGUACAGGGACAUAUAUCGUCAUAGACAGCAUGCUGCAGCAGAUUGCAGAUAAGAGCACAGUUAAUGUACUGGGCUUCCUCAAACAUAUACGCACCCAGCGCAACUACCUAGUCCAGACUGAGGAGCAGUACGUCUUCAUCCACGAUGCCUUGAUGGAAGCCAUUUUAGGAAAGGAGACGGAAGUGGCAUCCUGCCAGCUUCACAGCUACUUUAACAGCAUCACGGCACCAAGACACAGAAGCCGGACACAUCUGGAGAAACAGUUCCAGCUGGUAACACAAUGCAAUGGCAGAUACAUGGAAUGCUUCAACGCUCAGAAGGAGUGCAACAAAGAAAAAAAUCGAAAUUCCUCUGUGGUGCCAUCGGAGCGAGCGAGGGUCGGACUAGCACCUUUGCCCGGCAUCAAAGGCACAGACUACAUUAACGCCUCUUACAUCAUGGGUUACUACCGGAGUAAUGAGUUCAUCAUUACCCAGCAUCCUCUGCCUCACACCACAAAAGACUUCUGGAGAAUGAUCUGGGACCAUAAUGCACAAAUUAUUGUUAUGCUGCCUGCCAACCAUGGACUGGCAGAGGAUGAGUUUGUGUACUGGCCCAGUCGAGAGGAGGCUAUGAACUGUGAGGCAUUCACUGUCACCCUCAUCAGUCAAGACAGACUCUGUCUGUCCAAUGAGGAGCAGAUCAGUAUCCACGACUUCAUCCUGGAAGCUACACAGGAUGACUAUGUAUUAGAAGUUCGUCACUUUCAGUGCCCCAAAUGGCCGAACCCUGACACACCCAUCAGCAGCACCUUCGAGCUCAUUAACGUCAUUAAGGAGGAGGCCGCUGCCCGUGAUGGACCAACCAUCGUCCACGAUGAGUUGGGAGCAGUGUCAGCCGGACUGCUGUGUGCACUCACCACCCUGUCUCAGCAGCUUGAGAGUGAGGGCGCCGUCGACGUCUAUCAAGUGGCCAAGAUGAUCAACCUCAUGAGGCCAGGGGUCUUCACAGACAUCGACCAGUACCAGUACCUAUACAAAGCUCUGCUCAGCCUCGUCAGCACCAAGGACAACGACUCAGGCCUUCUGACCAGGGACUUUAAUGGGACCAUGGCGUCAAUGUCUGACCAGUCUGACCAAGCAGAGAGCAUGGAGUCGCUGGUCUAAGAGAGGCCUCUCGCGCACCUGGAGCUGAGCUGAGGGCUUCGUAUGGGUCCAAACACCCUGCAAGGUCCCUGAGCCCAAUGAAGGAGGCACUUAAACUUUGUAAAACGUCAAGGAACUAUUGUGGACAAGACUUUUUGAGGCCUUUUUUUGCCAGACUCUUGGUUAAAAUGAAUAACCUGAUUACUUUUUUACACUGAUAAAAAGUUUUUGAUAUUUAUUUUUUUCGCCAUUUUAUGUCUUAAUGUUCUCCUACUGAAGAGUUUGCACCGCGUUUUUAAGUUUCAUGAUAGCGUCGGUAGGCAACGAGAAACACUUUCUGUCUUUUCUUGUUUGCACUAUAUAAUGUCAGUGUUACUGCCUAUACUAAAGCUGACACACUUGGCUUUUCUCCACUCAAGCUCAGAUUUUUUUGACAUUCCAUGGCUUUGGCCCUUAUUAAACCAACUGCUUCUAUGAAGGACAUUGUUCUACCUGCCACCUACCAGUUGAUUUAAGACAAAGGACAGAGAAGGCACAAACUCUUCACCUCAGUGACAAAAACUCAGUGUGACCACCUCCGCCCUGCUCAUCUAUAGUACUCAUAUUACUGCUCAUUUAUCCCCAGAACCGAGAUUUUGGAACAUAUUGCCACAGGAAAGUAGUGUUUGUUUUCUAAAAUCAAUUUCCUCUUCACCUUUAUCUAUUUCUUUGCCUUGUUUUUUCUUGUCACUUCUCCUUAUUAGUACAUCAGAAUACCUAAAGUGGUAUAACAACUGCUACUGUGAAAUUUUAUGAUUUAUUUGUAUAAUUCAUUUUAUGCUUUUUAAUAUAUGGAAAUACUGUAUGUAUACAUAUAUGAAUAUAUCCUUAUCAUAAUAA